AACGGUGACAGGAAACAGGGGCGCCUCUCGAGGGCCUUGUCUCGGCUCUAAGGGCCAGGCCGGACUUGGGGGCAACCUCCGGGCCCUUGGCAUUUGCGGGGCCUUCUGCGCUUCCCUCCGGUGGCCUGGGGGCCAGCUACUGCCUUCACAGCUCAGCCCAGCAUUCGCUUCCCAACGAGACCGUCUUUGCCCAGCCAGGGGUCUCUCCCCUCCUUAAUGUCACAGCAUCCAUUGUCCUGGCAGCAUUAUUCUCUGAAUUAUCUACGUUGUUUGCCUCCCUCCCUAGACUGCAAGCUCCGUAAAGGUAGGGACACUUCCGUCUCUCCCGUUCCUGCUUGUCUGCCUAGAGCCUUGAAUAGUGCCUGGCACUUUAAAAAGCUUCUGAGUGUUACAGGACAUCUCUGUUGCUUUGUGAGUAAUCAGACAUGCAAAUAGCCCCACAAGAAUCAAGCUAAAUUUAAAGAAGACUUACUUAGAAAUAUUGAAAAGUGUAUCAUGGAGUUCAAGGCUGAGGGAAAAGAAAAAUACCAACAUAGCUUGAAUUUACUGAAUAAAGUUAAGAACAUGAAAGAAUUAGCAGAAAUGAUUGACGUAGUACUCAUAGCAGAAGGGGAGAAAUUUCCUUGCCACAGGCUGGUCCUGGCUGCAUUUAGUCCUUAUUUCAAAGCUAUGUUCACUUGUGGACUGCUUGAAUGUACUCAAAGGGAAGUCAUACUUCAUGACAUUACAGCAGAAAGUGUGUCAGUGAUAUUGAACUACAUGUACAAUGCGGCUUUGGAGAUCAACAAUGCCAAUGUACAGACCGUAGCUAUGGCUGCCUACUUUAUGCAGAUGGAAGAAAUCUUUAGUGUGUGUCAAAAAUACAUGAUGGACCAUAUGGAUGCCUCGAACUGUGUAGGUAUCUAUUAUUUUGCAAAGCAGAUUGGAGCUGAAGAUUUAUCCGAUCAAUCAAAGAAAUAUUUAUAUCAGCACUUUGCUGAGGUGAGCUUACAUGAAGAAAUACUAGAAAUCGGAGCACACCAAUUUCUGACGCUUAUUAAAUCGGAUGACUUGAACAUAUCCAGGGAGGAGAGCAUCCUGGACUUAGUCCUGAGAUGGGUAAAUCAUAACCAAGAAUUGCGCACAGAACAUCUUGUUGAGCUUUUGAAGCAGGUCAGAUUGGAACUUAUAAAUCCUUCUUUUUUAAGACAAGCCCUAAAAAGGAACACAAUGCUUCUGUGUGAUGCAGCUUGCAUUGACAUCAUUCAAAACGCAUUCAAAGCCAUCAAGACACCCCAGCAGCACUCUCUAAAUCUUCGUUAUGGCAUGGAGACUACUAAUCUUUUGCUUUGCAUUGGCAACAAUUCUUCAGGAAUCAGGUCAAGACACAGGAACUAUGGGGAGGCCAGUUUUUGUUAUGAUCCCGCUUCACGGAAGACCUAUUUCAUUUCAUCUCCCAAGUAUGGAGAGGGUUUGGGAACCGUGUGUGCUGGUGUCGUCACGGAAAACAACACUAUAAUUGUGGCCGGAGAAGCAAGUGCCUCCAAACUCGCUAGACAAAAGAACAAGAAUGUUGAAAUCUAUAGGUAUCAUGACAGAGGGAACCAGUUUUGGGAGAAGUUAUGCACAGCUGAAUUUCGAGAGCUCUACGCUCUGGGCUGUGUCUGUAAUGACCUCUAUGUUAUAGGAGGACAGAUGAAAGUCAAAAACCAGUAUCUCAUCACAAACUGUGUCGAUAAAUACUCAAUAGAACGGGACAGUUGGAGAAGGGUGUCUCCCCUUCCACUGCAGUUGGCGUGCCAUGCCGUAGUCACGGUGAAUAAUAAACUUUACGUGAUCGGAGGCUGGACCCCUCAGAUGGAUCUUCCUGAUGAAGAACCAGAUCGACUAAGCAACCGACUGUUGCAGUAUGACCCCAGCCAAGAUCAAUGGACAGAGCGGGCGCCCAUGAAGUUCUCUAAGUACCGAUUCAGUACAGCCGUAGUCAACAGUGAGAUUUAUGUUUUGGGUGGAAUUGGCUGUGUAGGUCGAGACAAAGGCCAGGUUCGAAAGUGCCUCGAUGUGGUAGAGAUCUAUAACCCUGAUGGGGACUUCUGGAGAGAGGGCCCACCUAUGCCAAGUCCCCUGCUCUCCCUUCGAACCAAUUCUACCAACGCAGGAGCAGUGGAUGGGAAGCUCUAUGUCUGCGGGGGAUUCCACGGAGCAGAUCGACAUGAAGUUAUCUCCAAAGAAAUACUGGAGCUAGACCCAUGGGAAAACCAGUGGAAUGUUGUAGCCAUUGAUGUCCUCAUGCAUGACAGUUACGAUGUCUGCCUGGUGGCCAGGAUGAACCCCCGAGACCUCAUCCCCCCACCUUCAGAUUUGGUGGAAGAAGGCAAUGAGCACUGAAGUCAGUGUUUGCUGUAGGACCUCCUGCUACAUCUGCACAGGAGGCAUUAGGAAUGGAGAGAGCCACAGGCCCCAGCCAAUCACCCUGGACAUGUGUGUUGCAGGCAUAGUGGUCCAUGUGCAUAGCAGCGUGUGCUUGGUGCUGUGAUAGGGAGUGAGCAGAGUCUGUGCUCAGGGACCUCCAGUCGGCUAGGAUGGACAAGACGUUACAAGGCCAAGUGUGGCGACAGCACAGGAAGAACACAGGGUGAGUGCCAUAGGAAUCGGGUGAUGGAGGGACCUCAUGCUGCUGGGACUCAAGGACUGCACUGUCAAGGAGCAGGCCUUUCACCAGGGCCUCGGAGGAUGAGGAAGAAGCAGUCCCAUGGGUGCAGCUGAUGGGGACAUCACAGAAACAGCUGAGCAAAGGCCCAGAGCUGGGUCAGGUUGCCAGGGCCAUAGGCUCUGCUACUAAGGUUGGAAAAGAAGGUUGCAGAUAAGUGACCAACACCUGGAAAAGCAAGGAUUGUGGACCUGGUUUCUGAGCAGGGGAAUUAUCUCAACAUCCUGUGAUGUUAAAGGAAGACUUCUCUCUCUGCUCUGUUCUGGUUUCAGUCUUACAAAGGCUUUCUAUUCUCGUGUAUGAUACUCUUCUACUGCAACAACAUUGCCCAAAACGGGGCUAGCGGUGGACCACAAGUUGCCAACAGCUCAGGCACUCAAGCCCAACCACAGUGAGCAGAGAGGAACUCCACCCUGGGCCAGGGCAGUGUCAGGGACAGAGAUGGGGAGCCCUGCUACACUGGCCCACUCAGGUUGGCACAGUGCCCUGGACGAGACUUAUCUAAGCUGCCCUUGGCCAGCUCUCAAGUGCAUAUGACCUUCUGGACACUGGCCCUGGCUGCAUGCAACUGGCCUAGGCCACCCAUAGCCCAGGCCCUGGAGUGAAGAAGAGAGGAAGCAUAUUCUUUUGGCUACCUGCCGCCUGCCCUCUUACCCAGCCUUUGCAAUAUCUUCCCCAAGACUGGAAGGUAGGGAUGGAGCUGCCUGCUUCAGCCCCCGGUUGAGCAUCAUCAGAAAACAGGCACUCCCAAAAUAUGCUUUAGGGCUGACAUGUAAAUGACACGUGGGAAAUCCAUCUAUUUUCCUGGCCAUCCAUACUCUUGGAAGCACAAUGGAUUCAAAGAAUGCAUUUUGGUAGCUUCUCCCGAGUUUCCCAGUGCACGGGACUCUUGCUUACACAGGAGUGGUCAGCAAAUUCCCUAGAAUUUUCCCAGAAGGAGACAAUGCUAGAUCGAGAUGGCUCUUCUCUGGUGCAGAGCUGUGUGGCCGUGAUGCCCAUCAGCCCAUGUCGCCAGAUUCCAGCGAGAGGCUACACCAGGCAGAAGAGCCAGGUCCAUGGAAGCUGGAGCCAGUUGGAAACCUGCUUCUGCCACCACCCAGGGGGUCCACUUAGACCAGCGCAGGUUGUCCCCAAGUAGGCCAGGCUCUGGGAGGGCAGGGGCCGUGUCUGUCACUUUGCACUUUGCAACUGUGCUACUCGAAGCCCACGGUGAGCAAAGUGUGCUCGUAGGCAGUGAGGCGCAAACACAUUCUCUGUGUUUAUACAGAGGGUUCUAAGAACACUACUCACGUGAGUUCAAAUGAGCUGAUCCUUCUCCACAAUCUGUGGAUUAUUUUUCUUGCUGCAAAGGCAGAGCAGUUCUGGGAGUGGGCAGUGCUGGCCAUGGAAGCCAUGGUUGCAGAGAGCCCCCCACAGGUCUGUUUCCCCAACUUCCUCUUAGCAGAACCACGGUGCCUGCUGCACACACACACUAGAAGCUGCCACAUUUCCGUGUGUCAAGGAGGCCUGUUCGGCACGUCGUGAUCCAUCUUCUAGAGGCACUGGGUUCAAGAUCUCGGCCCUGGUGCCAGCGUUGCUACUUAGCCAGCCGUGUGAUCUUGGCCAAAAAUAACCUUUUCUAAAGCCUCAUUUUCCCCACAUGAAGGAUGGGAAGAAAAAUCAUUUCUAGGGUUGGUGUGAGGACCGAGUGAGAAAGUGCUGAGCCCAGUCCCUGCUCGAUACUAAGACAAUAAACAUCCUUCACCUGCCGUUAUUUCUAGUAGCAUCGUCAUUGUAGUCUGCAUUUCCCAAAGCAUGGUGCCCACAACAACCAGUACUUGAGUGGACUCGUGAGAUUAUAGGGGAGCCGUGCAUGUGGUGUGAGGGGGUUCUUAGCUCCCCAGAGCCAGCCACUCAGGCCCUCCAGGUGGUGUGCAGGUAAACAAGCAAGCCUUCGCUUUAGUGUCUAUUUUAAGCCCGAGGUGCUUUUUGUCUGACUUUCAUAUUUGUAAUUAAAAACAAGAUGUCUCUGCCCUCCUGCUGGCAGAUAUUGUCAGAGAUUCAGCUUUGAAUUCCUCCCGCUCCUUUCCUCAUCUCAGCUGAAGGCUGUCCCAGUAUCUCAGUGGAGGACUCUCAGAAAACAUCGACUCUGCGUGAGGCAGGACUUCCGGACACUGAGCAGCACACCAUAGUAGGGAAAUGAUCCGGAGGCUGAGGCUGGCAAGAGAUGGCAGCCAUCAGCUCAGCCCCGUCUGGUCUGCAUCCGCCAAGAAAGCACCACUGUUCUCACUGAUCGACUUUAUGAUGAGCAAAUGCUUUCAGUUUGAACUUACAAAAUAAAAAUGUACGAUAAUGAAC